AUGUUGCUGAGACUAGGAGCGGUGACGCCGCUUCUCCGUCCGUCUCUCUUCUCUCCUAAACCCUUUCUCCCUUCUUCUUUAAGAAUCCCCAAACCCUUGUUUUCUCUCUCUUCCUUCUCUACGGUACCGUUUCACUCUUUAGUAUCUCAUUCUUCCAAUUCAAAACCAACAACUCUCUUCGAUAGUAAUAACAAUAAUGCCAUUUCUGUUGAACCUUAUUACCUAUCCUGCUGUAUGCCUGAUAAAGAUAAGCCUCUUAGAAUUGCCGUCCUCCUCAGCGGCGGGGUUGACAGUAGCGUCGCCCUUAGGCUUUUACAUGCCGCUGGGCACCACUGCUCCGCUUUCUACCUCAAAAUUUGGUUCCAAGAAGAUUUUGACAAUUUUUGGUCAGAAUGUCCAUGGGAGGAUGACUUGAAGUUUGCAAAAGGCGUCUGUGAUCAGGUUGAUGUUCCAUUAGAAGUUGUGCAUUUGACCGACGAAUAUUGGAACAAUGUGGUCUCAUAUAUUAUUGAAGAGUAUCGAUGUGGUCGCACUCCAAAUCCUGACGUUCUUUGCAAUACAAGAAUUAAGUUUGGUGCAUUCUUGGAUGCCAUCAACAAUAUGAAAUUUGAUUAUGUUGCUUCAGGGCAUUAUGCCCAUGUUGUUCAUCCAAAUUCAGAUCAAAUAAAUAGGCCAUCUGUUUUAGAACUCUCAAAGGACAUGGUCAAGGAUCAAACAUAUUUCCUUUCACAUUUGUCACAAGCUCAGCUUAAACGUCUUAUUUUUCCACUUGGUUGUAUUCCAAAGGAAGAAGUUCGCAAUCUUGCCUCGAAAUUUGAUUUGCCUAAUAAAGACAGAAAGGAUUCGCAAGGAAUAUGCUUCCUUGGGAAGAUAAAAUUCAGCGAAUUUGUUGCAAGACAUAUUGGGGAGAUGGAAGGUAUAAUACUGGAAGCUGAGACAGGAGAUUUCCUCGGCACUCAUCGUGGAUUCUGGUUCUACACAAUUGGCCAACGACAAGGCCUACGCCUUCCUGGGGGACCCUGGUAUGUUGUUGAGAAGGAUGUUAAAAACAAUGUAGUAUUUGUGUCAAGAAAUUAUUUCUCAUUAGACAAAAGAAGGCGUUCAUUCUGUGUUGGCUCCUUGAGAUGGCUUAGCGGGUCUCUUCCUGAAGAGACUAGUCAGCUUCAGUGUAAGGUGAGACAUGGCCCUUCAUUUUAUGAUUGCAGCGUGAAGAUAAAACUUGGUGAAGAUGGCCAUGAAGAGGUUGCAGUUGUUCACUUGUGUGAAGAUGAUCAAGGUCUAGCAGCAGGGCAGUUUACAGCUUUCUACGAGGGAAGAACUUGCAUAGGUUCUGGCGUGAUUUUGGAGUCCUGGAAUGAUAAAGGAUUUCCUGUAUGCCAAAAGGCUCUUGAAUUAGCAAGAUUAGAAGAUAAAUCAAAGCUUGGGAAACCAGUUAAGAUAAUGGUAAAACCAGAGACUUCUGGGAAGGAGUCGGUUCAAAAGGAUGGUCUAGAACUUGAUAAAGGAUUAGCUGAAUCCAAGGUUGCUGUCACAAGUUAG